AUGCAAAAAGAAAUCUUCGAGCAGCCUGAUUCCGUAGUGAACACGAUGCGUGGACGCUUGUUGCCCAGUGGUCAGGUUGUGUUGGGUGGAAUUAAGGACUAUGUGGCGGAUAUCAAGAGGUGUCGUCGAUUAAUCAUGGUGGCUUGUGGCACGUCAUACAAUUCAGCUAUUGCUUGUCGGCAGAUUUUGGAAGAGCUGUCGGAGCUGCCGGUAGUGUUGGAAUUGGCGUCGGACUUCCUUGAUCGUGAGACACCGAUUUUCCGCGAUGACGUCUGCAUUUUCGUAUCACAAAGCGGUGAAACAGCUGAUACCUUGAUGGCGCUCAGGUAUUGUAAGCCGCGUGGUGCCCUUCUGAUUGGAGUUACAAAUACAGUAGGAUCGUCGAUCUGUCGCGAAUCACACUGUGGAAUUCAU